UCCGAGCGGCGGCGGCGCUGUUUCGUCUCUCCGGCGCGGGUCCGAGCGGCGAAGUCGCUGCUGCGCGUGCCAGGUGUGAGUCGAGUCCAGCAGUGGCCGAGCUCCGGUGCACGGAACCCAGCUCAGCGGGAGUGGUGUGGCACAAAGAAAAACCCCGUUGCUCUGGACGGAGAGGGCAAUGGACGUCACCGAGCGAGGAUGGAUCAGCCGCUGGGACGACACCGGCUGUCGGCGCAUAUUCUUGUUUUCUCAGCUCUUCUUGAAACUGGAUGUUUGAGUGAUCUAGAUGCCAAUGUUGAUAUUGGCACAAACCCUGAAAUAAAAAAGGAAGAACUUCAUGUAGAAUUGGCCAAGCUGGAAGAUGAAAUAGCAGCAUUGCGGCAGACACUGAUUGCCAAGGAGAAACAUCUAAUUGAAAUAAAACAGAAGAUGGGUAUUACUCCACUUAAUGAAAUAAAGCAUAACUUAAGCAAAAGUUGGCAUGAAAUGCAGACUUCUGUGAUAUACAAGAAAACACAGGAGACGCUCAAUAACACUGGACAGAAGGCAUCAGCAGCUUUAAAUAAUGUAAGCUCAACGCUUACUAAGAAGCUAGGAGAGAUGAACUUGCAUUACCUAAGGCUACUGCUCCCAAACAGAAAUUCUCCCACUUUAAAAUCCUUUGAAGAACGGGUGGAAACUACUGUCAGUAGUUUAAAGUGUAAAGUCGGUGUACCUACCCGCAGCAGCGGAAGUUUUGAAGAUGUGUUGAGUUCUGCCGCUAAUGCCAGUGUUCAGGAAUCAAGCCCGGGAUGUCAGCAAGCGAAAGACUUUGGAGCUUUUUAAAUCUUACCAUUACUUACGUUUGAAUGUGUCAAUUUUGAUGGUGUAGGAUUAUACUAAGUAAAUUUGGGAAUAAGCUGCAACUACUCGAAGUAAUAAGUAGAAAUUCUACUCAAUGUUGUUUAGGUGAAUAACUUAUUUAUAAAAUAUUAUUGUAAACAUUAUUUAUAAUUAACAUUAGAACAGAAUCUUAAGUUCACAGCAGCUUCUCUGACCAAAGGAUUUGGUGUUGUACAAAAGAAAUGUCCAGUUACCCAGUGUUUCUAAUGUGUUAUUUGACUUGACUUAAUGAAUAUAAAUUAUUCUAAUAUUGUUAGAGAAAUUUAAUAAUAAGGCACUCAAUUAGUUGCUGUGCAGUAACAAUAACUCUAGUUCUGUUAAUGUACUGUAAAUGAGAUCUUGGUCAGAAUUUUGUUUCUGUGCUGUAUAACUUUAAUGCUGAAAACUUUAUAUGUAGAAUCACUCAACAUCUAGCAACACUACUUCGUGCACUAAAAGUUAAAUUACCAAGAUAAUAUUGGUGCCUUAAAUAAAAAGAUCAAAUGGA